UAAGGUAAAAUUUGUAUGCCAUUUCAGAUAUUGGGUGUCACAAAUCCUAAAGGCAAAAAACGAUAUAUCGCUGCCGCUUUUCCGAGCGCCUGCGGUAAAACGAAUUUGGCUAUGAUGCAACCUACCUUACCAGGUUACAAGAUUGAAUGUGUAGGAGAUGAUAUUGCAUGGAUGAGAUUUGAUAAUAAAGGAAAUUUACGUGCCAUUAAUCCGGAGAAUGGAUUUUUCGGAGUUGCUCCCGGUACGAGUUCGGCCACGAAUCCUAAUGCUAUGAGAACUAUCUUCAAAAAUACCAUCUUCACUAAUGUAGCGUCUACUAGCGAUGGAGGAGUAUAUUGGGAAGGGAUGGAAAAAGAAGUUGCAGAUAAUAUCAAGGUAUAAAACGAUUCCUGUCUGUC